CUCCGAUGGACCACAAUGCAUUUCGACUGCCACAGUCUUGAUUUGUCAGCUUCACGGUGAUGAUGGCUGACCGGGAUCACCUCGAAAUGCCUUAAUAUGUCAAGGAGGGCGCGUCCGCAGCAGCCUCACCAUGACCACCGGCUUCAACUCCAACUCCUGUCGGUUCGCCGAUUACUUUGUCAUCUGCGGACUCGACACCGAGAGCGGGCUGGAGCCCGACGAGCUGUCCGCUUUAUGCCAGUUUAUAGAGGCUACUAAAUUCAGAGAUGGGGCCAGAGGAAAGUUGACGAGUGCAAACGAAGGUGAGAAUUUUGAGCAGAGCCCCCUGCGGAGAACCUUCAAAUCCAAAGUUCUAGCACACUACCCUGAGAACGUUGAGUGGAACCCAUUUGACCAGGAUGCAGUUGGCAUGCUGUGCAUGCCAAAGGGUCUGGCUUUCCGGACGCAAGUGGAUUUCCGGGAGCCUCAGUUCCACUCCUUCAUCAUCACAAGAGAGGAUGGCUCUCGGACUUACGGCUUUGCCCUCACCUUCUUCGAGGAGGUGACCAGUAAACAGAUCUGCAGUGCAAUGCAGACCCUCUACCACAUGCACAAUGCAGAGCAGUAUGACAUCUUGCACACACCCACCUCCCCGCAAGGCCCUGAAGAUCAACGACACACCCUUUCCCACCAGCAACCCUCGACCCAUCCCACACUCCAUGCUGCACCUGCCAUCUCCCGCCUGCAGCGCUUCAACUCCUAUGACAUCAGCCGCGACACACUCUAUGUGUCCAAGUGCAUUUGCCUGAUCGCACCCAUGGCUUUUGCCCAGGCCUGCAGGAAAGUUCUGCAGCAACUCCAUCAAGCCGUCACAUCCCCUCAGCCUCCACCCCUCCCCCUGGACAGCUACAUCUACAAUAUCCUUUAUGAGGUGCCGCUGCCACCCGCAGGACGCUCCCUCAAGUUCUCUGGUGUCUAUGGACCGGUGGUGUGCCAGAGACCUAGCACGUCUGAGCUGCCACUCUUUGACUUUGAGAUUCGUGAGAUCUUUGAUUUGCUCGGGGUGGAGAACGUACUGCAGCUGUUCACUUGCGCCCUGCUUGAGAUCCAGAUUCUGCUCUACUCUCAACAUUACCAGCGGCUGAUGACGGUGGCAGAGAGCAUCACGGCCUUAAUGUUCCCAUUCCAGUGGCAGCAUGUCUAUGUGCCCAUCCUGCCUGCCUCACUCCUGCACUUCCUAGAUGCCCCUGUACCCUACCUUAUGGGCCUCCACUCCAAUGGACAGGAUGAUCGCACCAAGCUGGAGCUACCACAGGAGGCCAACUUGUGUUUCGUGGACAUCGACAACCAUUUCAUCGAGCUGCCAGAGGACCUGCCCCAGUUCCCCAACAAGCUAGAGUUCGUUCAGGAGAUUUCGGAGGUGCUCAUGUCCUUCGGCGUGAGUCCAGAGGGGACCCUUCACUCCAGUGAGAUCCAGGCCAAAUACAGGGGCUUCCGCUCUGCUGACAUGGUCUCUGACAAGCGUAACGGCAACCUCGCCGGCUCGCCGCUCAACUCCUACCUGCUGAGGGAGAAUGAAACCAUCGCCAGGCUGCAGGCUCUAGUCAAGAGGACAGGUGUCAGUCUGGAGAAGCUUGAUGUGCGAGAGGAUGCCAGUAGUAAUAAGGACGGGCGGGUGCAGUGUGAUGAAGAGGAGCUGAAGAUGCAUCACCUCAACAUCCAGGUACGGGAGGUCUUUGCCAACCGCUUCACGCAGAUGUUUGCAGACUACGAGGUGUUUGUCAUCCAGCCAAGCCAGGACAAGGAGUCCUGGUUCAGCAAUCGAGACCAGAUGCAGAACUUUGAUAAGGCCUCCUUCCUCUCUGAUCAGCCGGAGCCUUACCUGCCGUUCCUGUCCCGGUUCCUGGAGACACAGAUGUUUGCUUCUUUCAUUGACAGUAAGAUCCUCUGCCACGACGAUGAGGAGAAGGAGCACACAAUGAGGGUGUUUGACACCCGUGUGGACAAGAUUCGCAUGCUGAAUGUCCGCACACCCACUCUGCGCACCUCCAUGUACCAGAAAUGCACUAAUAUUGAAGAGUCAGAGAAAGCCAUUGAGAUGAGGGUGUCAAAGAUCGACCAUACAGCCCUGCACCCUCACCUACUAGACAUGAAGAUUGGUCAAGGGCGCUACGAGCAGGGCUUCUUCCCCCGGCUGCAGUCUGAUGUUCUGUCCACUGGGCCCACGAGCAACAAAUGGACCAAGAGGAGUGCUCCCGCCCAGUGGAGGAGGAGGGACCGACAGAAGCAGCACGCUGAGCACCUUUAUUUAGACAACGACCAGAGAGAGAAGUACAUCCAGGAGGCCAGAAACCUGGGCACGACUAUCAGGCAGCCCAAGCUGUCCAACCUCUCACCUUCCGUCAUCGCUCAGACCAACUGGAAAUUUGUUGAAGGGUUGCUGAAGGAGUGCAGGAACAAGACCAAGCGCAUGCUGGUGGAGAAGAUGGGUCGGGAGGCGGUGGAGCUGGGCCACGGGGAGGUCAGUAUCACAGGUGUGGAGGAGAACACGCUCAUUGCCAGCCUCUGUGACCUCCUGGAGAGAAUCUGGAGCCAUGGGCUGCAGGUCAAACAGGGUAAAUCUGCCUUAUGGUCCCACCUGCUCCACUACCAAGAAGGCAAGGAGAAGAAGGAUGCAACACCAGGCUUGGGACCUCCAGGUUUCAUUCAUGACUCUGAGAGACGCAAAUCGGAUGGUGGCGCUGCAAUGCCCCCUCUUAAAGUCUCUCUGAUCCAGGACAUGAGGCACAUCCAGAACAUAAGUGAGAUCAAGACCGAUGUGGGCAAAGCCAGAGCCUGGGUGCGCCUCUCCAUGGAGAAAAAACUGCUGUCCAGACACCUGAAGCAGCUGCUGUCGGACCACGAGCUUACAAAAAAACUGUACAAGCGCUACGCUUUCCUGCGCUGUGAUGACGAGAAGGAGCAGUUCCUGUAUCACCUUCUGUCCUUCAACGCUGUGGACUACUUCUGUUUCACCAAUGUCUUCACCACCAUCAUGAUCCCCUACCAUGUGGUCGUGGUCUCCAGUAAGAAACUGGGAGGAUCCAUGUUUACCUCCAACCCCUGGGUGUGUGUUUCUGGGGAGCUGGCUGAGACGGGAGUGCUCCAGGUCCCGAGGAACACUCUAGAGAUCACCUUUGAGUGUCAGAACCUCGGCAAGCUGACCACAGUGCAGAUGGGUCAUGAUAACACCGGCCUCUACGCCAAGUGGCUGGUGGAGUGUGUCGUCGUCCGGAACGAGAUCACAGGUCACACCUACAGGUUCCCGUGUGGCCGCUGGCUGGGGAAGGGCGUGGAUGACGGCAGUCUGGAGAGGAUCCUGGUGGGAGAGCUGGUGACCCCCAGCACAGAGAAUGAUGACCGGAUGUGCCGCACACCCCCGAUGCAGCAGUCGCCAGGGAUGAUGAGGAGGUUCGUUACCAUCUCGCCCAACAGCAAACUAAAGCUAAACACAGGUCAGAUCCAGGAAGGAGUUGGAGAGGCCAUCAACGGGAUUGUGAAGCACUUCCACAGGCCAGAGAAAGAGAGGGGCAGUUUGACCCUGCUGUUGUGUGGGGAGUAUGGCUUAGUCUGGGCCCUGGAACAAGUAUUCCAGCACGGCUUCAAGUCACCUCGGCUCUUUAAGAACGUCUUCAUAUGGGACUUCUUAGAAAAGUCACAAGUGUACUUUGAGAGCGCGGAACAGAGGGAAGUCACACCCGAUGAGAACUGGCAAACUAGGGUGCGUCACUUCUGCCGCUUCAUGCGGGCCAUCAGCAAUACACCCAGAAAUAUUGGGAAGGACGGAAAGUUUCAGAUGCUUGUCUGCCUCGGUGCAAGGGACCAUUUGCUGCACCACUGGAUUGCUCUGCUUGCAGACUGUCCAAUCACAGCUCAGAUGUAUGAGGACACUGCACUGAUUAAGGACCACUCGCUGGUAAAUUCUCUGAUCCGAGUGCUACAGACUCUGCAGGAGUUCAACAUUACUCUGGAAGCUUCGCUUGUCAAAGGUGUGGGCAUCUGAGUCUGCCCACCUUCCCACGUGUUGUUGAACUGACCAGGAAGAUCACCGGGGACCACACGAAAUAAUAAACAAACCUUUUUAUAUGUAGGGGGAGACUUGAACAAAGAUGGUUUUUGGCUUAUAUUAAAGCUACAUUUGCCAUAUAUUGAGUGCAAUGAGCCUUUCAAGAUACGUUGUUAUUUUUAUCCUGGAAGAUGUUGCCGUUACACAUUAAGAAAUAUGUUUUCUAUUAUUACCUGUGAUUUUCACAUUAUUGAUGAUAACCCACAUGUGCUAUACUGCUUUACUGAAAGCUAAAUAUUUUCAUUGUUAUUGUGAACGGUUGACAAUGACUAUAUUUAAGGGAAAUAUUGAACGAAAACUGUUAAUAUAUUUUCAGAGAAACAUAGUAUUAUUUUGUUAUGUCUGUCAAGUUGCUUGCUCUGUUGUCACCUCAGAUUCCAGUGUCAAAAAGAAAAGAUGAAGCAGAUGCUAUAGAGGUAUGCUUUAUAAGUAUGGAUAUGUGAGGAGGAAGGCGUUUUCUAGUGUGGAAGAAGAGUCACCUGCAGAAAUGAAACAUGGCGUGCCAUUUUGGCUAUUCCCUGGGAAACGAAGCGGUGUGCAAACCCUGACACGAAUUAAGCCGAGAAGACACGGGGAACCUUUUCUUGGGAUGAGGCCGAUGUGCUUCAAUGAGGAAACAGUUGGGGGUGGCGGGGUUACUCAAGGUCCCCCAGUCCCUCAAAUUCAAUUACCUCCAUAGAACGAGCAGCUUCUUUUGGUGAGAAGUAGUUGACAGUGACAACGUUAAUGUAAGCUCCUCUAACCGACAUGUCCCCAUUCGUGUCCUCACGUUGAUUUCCUACACUAAGAAGAAGUGGUAGGUUGUGGUCUGGGGGAAGUCCAGACGCCUGAACUGAGCUUUGGAACACUUGAUGAGGCCAUGUGAGGAACCAACACGGUUCUUCCCUUGAAUUGUCAUGUUUUCUGCUAUGCAAUAUCUAGUAAAAAAGAAACCCUGUAAACUAGGUGUGGAGGUUUCUUGGGGUACUCUGGGGCCCUCCUCCAUUUCUUUCAGAUGUGAAGGCUUUCUUCUGCGCAGUCAAGCAAUGUCUGCCUUGAUGGCGCUGUACUUGUCCAUGUACGACUAGUGUGUAUGUGUGUGUAUACACACACACACACACACAGACACACACGUUUUCCAGUACUGUUGUACAUUUAUUGACAUAGCUGUGUAAUGUAGUGUUUACUAAGUGAGGAACUGUGUACAGUGUAUAAAUAUAUUAGGAAUAAAGCAUCAUAAAAAUGCAUA